CUGAAACGGCGGGGAUGGAGGUGCUGGCUGAGAUCUAUACAGCCGAGAGAGACACCCGAUCCCGCCUAUUUUAUCGGGCGAGGAAAGUUAGAGGAAUUGGAGGCGAUAGUCAGUGAGCUCAAAGUGGAGGCGGUAAUUUUUGAUAACGACCUCACACCGGCACAGACCCGCAACUUGGAAAAAGCCCUUGAUAUUGUCGUUGUCGAUCGAACAAGCCUGAUUCUACAGAUUUUCGCGCAACGUGCACAGACCAAAGCCGCCAAACUACAGGUAGACCUUGCCCAACUUCAAUAUGCGUUGCCGCGUUUGACGCGGCUGUGGACUCACCUCUCUCGACUUGGCACAGGCGGCGUGGUGCGUGGACCCGGUGAAACCCAGCUUCAGAUUGACCGGCGGUUGAUUCGCACACAAAUUUCACGGGUAAAAAAAGCACUUCAGAAAGUUGAGAAGCAUCGCCGCGUACAGCGAAAACAACGUCAGGAGAUGAUCAAUGUCUCGCUUGUCGGUUACACCAAUGCGGGAAAAUCAACGCUGUUUAACGCCUUGACAAGUGAGAAACAGUUGGCUGAAGAUAAGCUGUUUGCGACAUUGGAUCCAACGACCCGCACCCUCGAUUUGCCAGAUAACCAACAUGUGCUAUUGAGUGAUACGGUCGGUUUUCUCAAAAAGCUACCGCACCAUUUGGUGGAUGCAUUUAAGGCAACGCUGGAGGAAGUCGCGGAGGCGGAUCUGCUGCUCCAUAUCGUUGAUGUAGCCCAUCCCGAAGCGGAGAGUCAGAUUGAUGCUGUUGAUGAGGUGCUUAAAGAGUUGGGUGCCCUUGAGCGACCAACGCUCAUGCUGUUUAACAAAAUAGAUCUGCUGGAGGAGGAAGGACAUAUCCAGCUAUUCCAGAGUAAAUAUCCCGAUAGCCUUGCAAUAUCGGCGCAGAAUGGCGCGGGAUUGGAAGCAUUAAAAGAGUUGCUUGCUGAACGGUUCUCAGCUCAGGACGUAGAUGUGUCGCUCGCGCUCUCCUAUCAAGACGGGAAGGCACUAGAUUAUCUGUAUAAGCAUGGUGAGGUGUUUGAUACCGACUAUCAAGGUGAGUCAAUCAAGGUCAAAGCAAAGCUCCCACAACGUUACUUGAAGGCUUUAGACCGCCUCACGACCAAUUCAACCUCCGUCAUACUAAAUCCCAAGAUUGAUUCAUAG